AUCAAUACCCCUUUGUCCGUUAUCAUUUCCUGCUUUGUGUAUCACCAAAUCUUUGGUAGCGUGGCGUGUGCUCAUGGAUCAGCUCACUAAAAUAUGGUUGGAGGCUCAAGUUUUACAGCGUCAGCACCUAACCGUGGAAGAGCAGGAAACAGUGGAAAAGGUUGACUCUUACGAGCACCUCUGCGAAAAGCUCGGAAAGAUUCAGGCGCAGUACAAGCUUGAAAGAUGGGUGCGGCUCCUAGCUAGGAUGGACCCUUUUGUAUCAAGACUGCGCUCAUUUGCGACCGUACUCUCUGUUUUUGCCCAAGCCAAACCUGAGGUAUUGUCCUUUGUCUGGGGCUCUGUUGCCCUGGUUCUGGAGCUUGCCGCAGGGCAUUCGGCAGUUCUAGAAAGCAUCGUCGAUACCUUCGAACAAAUGGAAAGGGUUUUGCCUCGUUUCCAGUGCUACGUGAAGGAAUACGUGUCACCUUCGUCAACAAUUACUCACCUCAGAGACGCCAUUCGACGGUACUACCAGGAGUUGAUUGACCAGUGCCAGGAUUAUAUCAGGUUCUUGAAAGCCUCGUCGCUUAAAAACUUCUUAUUGCUAGGCAGGACAUCUAGAAAGCUGCGCACAGGUUCAACCAGGCGUCUGAAGCGACUAAGACAUCUAUCAAUAGAUGUAGAGCAAGAGGCAAGGAUUGAAGAGCACAGGAUAACCUAUCGUACUUUGAAUUCCCUGCGAGUAGAGCCUACAAUGGCCACAAUUCUACCAUACCAUGGUGUCACUUACCGCCAAAACCCAGCUUUCUACUCAAGGCCCCAGUACCUGGAACAGAUAAGCGCAGUGCUUGACCCUGAUACUCCACGAGGGCUGACGAGCUUUGCUCUGGUUGGCUUUGGGGGCUGCGGCAAGACACAGCUGGCGAUUGAGUACACUCACCGAACCAAUCAUUAUGAUGCGAUUCUUUGGUGCGCGGCGGAAAACAGCCUUCAGCUCUCUGAAUCAUUUGCAAUGCAUGCUAGGCGAUUAGAUCUCAUCAAAGGCGACGACGUGCCACAAAAGGACCUCUGCAUAGGAAAGCCGAGCAGGUGGUUGAUGAUCUUUGACAACAUGGAACCUUUCGAUGGCCUAUCGUCGUUCUGGCCUAGUGGCCUAUCGGGAUCAAUUCUUGUAACCACACGAAACAAGACCCUUGCCAAAGAAUUCACCGAAUCUCAAGUUUCCAUCCCACCAUUCGAGCCACUUGAUGCACGACGAUUCCUACUGCAAUAUAGGACAAGUGGCACGGAACACACCUGUCAAGAAGAUAAUGCUGCCGAAAUCAUCAGUCAAAGACUUGGAAAUCUUCCUCUAGCACUGGACCUUGUAAGGCAUCAUGUUUCGGCAAGCGGGAGCUCAUAUAAUGAGUUUCUCAAAUGUUAUGGAGAACCCAGUGAACCAUUUCUAUAUGAUAGGAUAAGUUCGACAUGGAGGAAUGAGUGGUACCAUCAGAACGUUUUUGCAACUUACACACUUGGAAUGCAAAGAAUGACCAACAAAGCUGUCGACAUGAUUCAUGUGCUGGCCAUCCUGGACGUCUCGUGCAUUCCACUAUCCAUAUUCGGAGCAAAUAAAGAGGAAAUGCUGUACAAUGGCCCCGAUGUUGAAGAUGAGCUACCUCAACUCCAAGAUUUACUCGAAAGCCCAGUCGCGAAUACAUAUGAACUUGAUACAGUGGUGUCUGAAUUGAUGGAUGGCUCUCUGAUCGAUCGCAACGUCGGCUCGGGCAGUCUGAGCUUGCAUCGCAUCUUGCAAGACUCUGUAGCAUAUUCUUUCGAUGCAGCGACGAGAUCUAGGUCUUUCGGCAAAGUCUUGUUCUACCUCAAUGGUUGCUUUCCCGCUCAGCGCGACGGCGCGUUGGAGUACGACUCUCACACUGAAGGCCAUGGAUUAAGGUGGGCUUUGAAAGCACGAAGUAUUCGGCAAGAGCUAUGUUUGACACUCGACCUUGAAAGUGACAAAUGUAUGCUCCAGGUCUUUCAGCAUAACAUUGCACUUGAUAUGCUAGCAAAUGGUCAGCUACGGGAAGCACUGCCGUUACUAGAAGCCGUCCACGAAUAUGACGCUUCAACGAGUGGCGUCAAUGCGGACAAUUUUUACCGAACUCUUAGCUUAUCGAUUUGCUAUCGACUAUUGGGGAAGUAUAUCCAUGCAAUGGAUUGCUCAAACAUAGUGAUGAAGGUGAUACAAGAGCAUAUUGGCGAGGAUAGUGUACCAAUGGCAACCGCACGCUUCUGUUGGGGAAAUUUACUACUCUGCAUGGAAGACCGAGUUGGUGCAUACAACGCGUUCUCUAUGUGCUUUCUCACUCGUCAAAAACUUAUGCCAGCUCAUUUUGACACUGCUUUCGCGGCACAUAAACUUGGAGCCAUGGCUGUUCAGAACGGAGAUUUAGGUGCAUCCAUCCAGUUACUAACCCAAGCGUUACAAAUCUUGGGCGAUACAGAUCCCAUGAGCCUCGCUGCGAUACGAACCGCGUAUCUUCUGAGUACAGCCCUUCUCCAGUCGAAUCAGAGUGAUGCGGCCAAACUCAUGCGUGAUAGAGUCAACCAGGCUCUUGAAGCUGAAGGGAAACGUGUAGAUGCCGAAGAGGCCGGUUAUUCGCAGAGCUUUUUCGAUUCAUUAGUUUUAUUCCGACAUUUAUAG